AUGAUUCGAAAAAGCCCUAAACAAAAAUCGUCGGAGUUGCAACAGAGUCCGUCAUAUGACAGUAGUGAUGAAAUGGUAAAGGAUGAAUUGAAUACAUCUGAAGAAGGAAUAGAGCUGGAGUCUUUAUUGGCCAGGCCACCAGAAGCUGCAGUUGAAAUUGCCUCUGAGGAAACCUAUAUUUCAAAGAUGAUACAACACAAUCCCGAGUUUUUUCAUCAAGCCUUCAAGUUAGCCUUUUGCUUCGGUGGAUUGCAAACGUCCUAUCUAACCUGGGGAAUUAUGCAAGAAUUAAUCAUGACCACAAGCUUUGAACCUACGGAAGGCGCUCCGGAUGGAAGGUUUCCAUCGGCUGCCUUUUGUGUCUUUUCCAAUCGUUUCUUGGCUGUCAUUGUUGCCAUUAUUGCGGUUCGAAUCAAACAUGGAGCCGUUUUCGCCAACAAUUCUGCUCCACUGCAAGCCUUUACUCCCGCUGCCAUCAGCAACACUAUCAGUAGUUGGAGUAACUAUGCCGCCCUGAGAUACGUCUCAUUCCCGGUUCAGACUAUUUUCAAGAGUUCCAAGAUUAUUGCUGUAAUGAUGAUGGGAAAAUUCUUGAAGGGGACCACCUAUCCAUACACUCAAUAUGUUGAAGCUUUUUUCAUCACCUGUGGUGUCGCACUCUUUUCUUUGGCCAUGAAGUCUCCCAAGGAAGAAACCGAAACCCAGCUUCAUGGUCUACUCUUUUUGCUUCUUUACAUCAGUUUCGAUUCCUUUACAUCCCAGUGGCAAGACAAGGUUUACACUCAAUACGGUCGGGCGAAUGUUGAUCCCUACCAAAUGAUGUUGGGAAUCAACUCAUCUGCCAUUAUCUUUACCACUGCUGGAUUGGUCUUUUCGGGAGACUUUCCUGUGGUUUGGGAGUUCCUUUUGGUGAAUCCUAUUGUUCUCAAGUAUAACAUUAUCACUGCCAUUACGUCGGCAUCGGGUCAGCUAUGUAUCUUUUACACGAUUCGCGAAUUUGGACCUGUCAUUUUCACUCUGAUCAUGAUCAUUCGUCAGAUGUUGUCCAUUUGCAUAUCGGCAGUCUAUUUUAACCACGAGAUUACUGCCAAGGCAUCCUUUGGUAUGACCAUGGUCUUUGGUGUCUUGUUUUAUCAGGCACGUCGAAAGUAUUAUGCCAAGUUGAACAAACCAAGUCAGAGUGCUCCAGCUUUGACUUCUGGCGGUAAAUAA